AUGUUAUGCAAGUGCCCACCAGCCGCGGACGGCAUGGAGCGGUUCGCGUGCCCCACGCCGGACCGGCAGGGCCGGUACCGCUGCAUUGAUGACCACGUGCUCUGCGACGGGUUCAUCGACUGCCCCAGCGGCGAGGAUGAAGACCGGCAGGCCUGUAUGUUCUACAAAACGACGAAGGCCCACCUAGACGUCCUGGCCGACGCGCUGCUCCGGUGGGCGCGCGGCCGCUAAGGACCGACCCAGGACCCCGACCCUCUAGUGCUCCAACAUUCCGCUAGUUCCACACGGACCCUAUGAUUAUGAAUUGACACUCGAUCGACCGGUACAAGUGCUCUCCCGCGAUCAGUGCUAGCUGCGAAAUCCCACUCUGAACACACUCGGACGCAACCAGGAAAGAUACACGUAGACGCGUUGAACGUAAUGAAACAUAUCAAGUAGUGGUGCAGCAUACGCCAAAACCAUGACCACAUAAAGUGUAGUGUAAGGUUUCAGGCAGCGAACAGUCGCGACAGCUCCGAUGCGUAUGCGUUGAAACUAACGAAGUGAUGCGUGCGAUCUGGUUUCGUCCCGAUUAAACCUUUCCGCAGCUGAUUUAUUUUCCAAGUAUUUCGUACCUUCUAGCACUUAUUAACUAAAAUGUGAGACUGGUAGUCGACAUUGUUAGUCGUAGAACAUAUACAUAAAUAUUUUAGAUUAAUAGUUCUUCAUUUGACGAAACAUAAAUGUUUAUAUCCGUUUGUUGAAAUAUUUAUUCACUUUAUGUAUGACUAUAUUAAGUUACGAUAUUCCUUAUUAUGAUGAGGGUUGUAAAAUAAAAUAAGAGAACUCUAAGAAUGUGUACAUAGGUAUAUUGUAUUAAUUUGUAAUUUAUUUAGUUAACUAUUCGGCCUAUACUUGAAGAGCUGCGCCUUCUGGGCACUCGGACCUCAAGCGGCCGCUGAAGUCUUUCAUUCCUUGGUACGGGCACUUCAACAUUGUUUUGUGGAAAACGCUUGUGUAAGGAGAGCAUUUAAUAUAUUUUAACAUAACAUAAAAUCUCAAAUAUAGGCAGCUAUUAUUGUUAAAAUGUUAAUCCAUAAUAUGUACUAUAAAAUUCAUUUAUUUAUUUAGACAUAUUGUAUCUAUUAAAGUAAUAAGAACAUUCGUUGUAACUUUUCGUACAAUUAGCACAAAGUUAGAGUUUUGACUGAAAGUGAUCAUUGUUGUCGAGUGCCGAAAAAGUCUGAACAGCUAUGUGCCGGCUCUAGUCAGUAAUCAGUUCCUACUUAUUGUUUUUCUACUGAUUGUUUAUUUGGCUAGUUCAGUAUAUGUACGUCUUUGUCGUUUUUCUACAAGCUAAUUAUUUUUAAAUCCACGCAGGCCAUAUUAUGUAAUCACUCAUACAUUAUUACACGCACAUUUAUUUAAGACCAUGGCCCCUGAUAUUAUAAUUUAAAUUCAGUUUUUUUAAAAGAAUUUAUUGGUAUUGAUUUGAAAAAUAUUGUGAUUUUUACACCUUCUUACAAAAUCAGUAAUUGAAAUACAACACUACCAAAGAACAUA